AUUUUAGUGAAAAUAUCCACGACAGUCCUAUCGAAAAAAUCAAAAUUGCUAAAUGAACCUAUAUGGCGGCUUGUGGACUAGUCGAUAAUUCAAAUCAGUCAAACAGCGUCAUUUCGUUGUUAAAAUUCGCUGCGCGGUUGAUGCAGAAGCUGAAAGAGAUGAACGAAAAGGAAAUCAAGCAGGACUUGAAACUAAGAAUAGGAAUAUCUCACGGUUCCGUGGCUGUCGGUGUCGUGGGUUCGAAGAAGCCUCUGUAUGAUAUAUGGGGCGAUCCUGUAAAUAUGGCGUCCCGAAUGGAUACUUUGGGUCUAGGUGACCACAUUCAAGUCCUGGAAGCCACAGCUAGAGUAAUUGAAAGUUGUGGCUACGUUUGUCGCUACAGAGGAACUAUUAAAGCCAAAGGGGGGGAAGGUCUCGUUCCUAUUUUGUGGGCUUGGAUGAAAAUUUUGACUUGAUGGAACUGUGAUUUUGUUAAAGUAGUGAAUUUGGUGUACAGUUUCGGGCCACCAUUUCUUCAAGUUUUGCUAAAACGUGAUUAUUAUUAUUAUUAUUAUUUUUACGAUAUUAGUUUUACCUUCGUCGAGGAACUGGAUGGAAACCACGAGAUACGUAGCGAUAGAUGACAAGACCUGAAAAAAUGUAUAUUUGUAGAUAUCAAUUAUAAAUUAUGUGACAG